GGGGAAAUCAAGCUACAUCUUCUGCCUACUACCAAGCUGGCCGAACUACGACUUCUGGCGUUGAUCCAUCUUUGGCCCACCUCGGCCGACUGGAGCAAGGGAUCGCCCAGUUCUUCAAGGCAAACCCCUCCCCUCCUGAUGGAUAUCAUGUUAAGCAAAUCAUCAAGGCAGUCAAAGAACUUGUGGCCGAACAAUGUCGGAUUACGGGAGACGCAGAAGGACAAUACGGCUAUCGAUGCAUUGACUACGGAGGGCGUCCUUUACUCUACCUUGGACGAGCAGCAUUACGCAUUGUGCACCUAAAACAUCGAGUCGAGAUACAUAAAUCUCUCACAAAAGACCAUACAUAUGAUUGUACCUGUAGUCAUAGAAGUACUUCCUCAAUGUGGUGCGUGCACACUGAGCCUGGCAGCGCCAAACGACCGAUACGAAUGGAUGAUAGGGCGAUUGCAGAUUAUAAAUGGGGAGUAGAAAGGCUUCGACAACUUCUGGAUCAGAACGAUUUCGAGGACGUUAUCACCACAAAGCUGAAUUCUGAAGGUGAUUUCGGUCUGAAAUUUAAAUGGAAGAGACAUCUCAACGGUCGGGGACAUCAUAUACUCAACACGAGGGUCCCAGGUAGGGAGGUGAACAAGGAAGGCUGGGAUAUAGAUUGG